CAAGGAGUGAGGAAAGGUUCAAGAACAUAUUUCGUCACUAACAUAAAAGAAAACCACAGACUAUAAAUGAACAUGUAAAGAUGAACACUGAAGUGAACGGCUAAAAAAAAUAAUUGACUUUCAUAUUAAACGCACAGGAAAAACCUGAGUAAGAUGGAUGCUUCCAAAUUUCUGAAUUUUUCUCUUGUGGAAAGAGACUUCAAAGACAGCCAGAAUCAGACUGGAAAUAUGUUCACAGAAAUACAAAAUGUUACAGACUGUGUUACUACAGCAGAGAAAUCACUCUCUUUGGUGUUGAUAUUUUCAUAUUCAAUAAUUUUUGUCAUUGGACUGGUUGCCAAUGUUACUGCCUUGUACGUUUUUCUGUCUACUCACGGCAAGAACUCUAUUCAGAUUUAUUUACUUAAUGUUGCUAUUGCAGACCUCCUACUGAUUUUCUGCCUGCCGUUCCGAAUAUUCUAUCAUGCUACUCAAAACACGUGGCUAUUAGGGCUGACCUUCUGUAAGAUUAUAGGAAACCUAUUCUAUAUGAACAUGUACAUCAGCAUAGUACUACUGGGACUGAUUAGUCUGGACCGUUAUAUAAAAAUUAAUAGAACUGUACAGCGUGCUAAAGUUCUAACAACAAAACAAAGCAUAUAUAUUUGUUGUACACUAUGGACUGUAGCAAUUACAGGAUUUACAAUUAUGGUGGUUCAGUCUACCAGGAAGGAUGAAAAAAACCCUACAAAGUGUUUUCAUUACAGAGGAAAACAGAAUGCAAAAAUGGAAGCAGGUUUGAAUUAUAUUCUUGUUAUAAUAUUUUGGAUUGUCUUCAUUCUAUUGAUUCUGUCAUAUAAUAAAAUUGCAACCAAUCUUCUCAAAAUGUCUAAGAAGAGAACAAGGUUCCCCAGUACUGGAAAGUAUAUUGCUAUUGCAAGGAACUCUUUUAUAAUACUUAUCAUUUUCACAUUGUGUUUUGUACCUUACCAUCUAUUCCGAUUUAUUUACAUCACUACACAACUACAAGAUACCUCCUGUUACUGGAAGCAAAUCAUUCACAAAUGCAAUGAAGUUAUGCUACUCUUUUCAGCCUUCAACAGUUGUUUAGAUCCAGUUAUGUAUUUUUUAAUGUCCAGAAGCAUCCGUAAAACUGUACUGCGACUGAUUUGCAAACGACUUAGUAUAGAGCCUAACAUCAGUGAGAGUACUUCAGAAACAAAACAAAGACAUUCUCCUCAUGAUAAUCUGCAAAACCCAAACUAUCAUUCUAGAAUAUGUUUUCUUAAAAAUGUGAGAUAACAAAUUAACAGUACAAUGCUAUAAAAGUCCACUCAGGUGCAGUUCCCAUAAGGUUUAAUGGGGCUUACUCCCAGAUAAAUGGGUGGUAAGUUAUAGCUUAAAAGGUCAUCUCAACAUAAAUUAAAUGUCUAAUGAAGGUCAAGAGGAAUCUGCACUCUUAACUCUACUACUGCAUUCACAUAACACAUCUGGAAGAUAUUUUAAAAAGGGGAAUUGUAGCCAUAUCAAUAACAACCAUAACAACAGUAUGUAACUAUGUAACAUGUAUGUAAUUAUUUUUGCUAGCCAUUUUUUCUGAAUAACACAUCUGGGUAAUUGAACUUUAUAGUAUGCUUUUAAAUUAAAAGUUAAUUGUGUCAAUGGAUUCUUAACUGUUUUAUUUCUAUUGGUAAGACUGAUAGGAGAGUUAUAAUAAAUAA